GACCGAGUUGCGCAAUGUCCAUCUCUACAAACGUUUUCUGGCCCAAGCUCUCUCAUGACGUCUGCUCCUACGUACGCAGCUGUCAUACUUGUCAGUGCAACAAAGCUCGCAAUGCAGCACCCUACGGCUUGCUACACCCCUUGGAAAUUCCUCAACUUUCCUGGAGUCAUGUCACACUCAAAUUCAUCACUGAUCUCCCUCGCACCUCUUCCCAUAACAACGCUAUCCUCACUGCAGUCGAUAAGCUUAGCAAGAUGGCUCACUUCCUCCCUACCUCCACUAUUGCAACUGCUGAAGCUGUAGCUAAUCUCUUCUUCAAGAAAGUGGUACGUCUCCAUCGUAUUCCUCAUAUCCUAGUCAGUAACCGUGGCUCGCGAUUUGUCGGCAGAUUCAGGCAAUCCCUCUUUCGACGACUGGGCAGCAAGAUUCGCCUCUUUGCUGCUUAUCAUUCUCAGUUCGAUGGGCAGACAGAGAGAAUGAAUCAAAACCUUGAAGAUGCCCUAUCACAGUGAAUCUUGCCAUCGGCCAAACUCUUUUCUUC